AUGCAGCAUCAAGCUCAACAAAAAAGCACCUCGAGCUCUGGCCAAAGCUCCAGCCAGUAUGACCCUCGCUCGCCUUACGGGUCUGUCUUCUCCCUCAAUGGGGCUGUCUCAACCAGCGACACUAACGGCAUCGGGCCUCGCUUGUACCAAGUCUCAAACCAUCGUUCCAGGUUUCCCUCGAAGAGCACUGCGCCCACGACCCCAAUGAACAACAGCUUAGACUGGUCGGCUGGUAACCGUACGCCAUAUACCAGUCCAUUUUUUCUACUGCCUAAUUCUUCCGUGUUCAAUGGCGUGCCCCAGAUGACCCAGCUCAUGACAGGGUCUGUUCCGGGACAAACUGAUCAGAUGGUUCAAUAUCCCUAUUUCUCAUCCAGUGGUUACACCAACCUCAACUCCAUAGUGCCAGGGACUUACCCUGGAUGGCCCUACGUGAUGAACUACGAUACGCAGGAUGUCUCCACCUCCAAGCAAAGUGCAUGGACACCUGUCGAUGCACAGAGAUCGGAGAAUAUCGGACCUAUGCAAUACUAUCCCACGCCUCUGCAAUCCACAAUCGAUGCUACUUCUCUCCCGGGGUACACCUAUGGGGGCCUGUUCCCGCAGCUCGGCUCGCUCUCGCUGCCGUUCCAGAUGAUGAAAACUACGAAUGGGUACAUGUUCCAAGACCUGGAAGCUUUGACACAACAAGAGCCCGCAAUCCCCCGUGCAGUGCCGGCCAUGUGGACCAACCCGUCCGAGCUGACACUCGCUAAAUGCCUGGAAAAUCGUGAGGGCAUCACAAAUGUCUACAUUCGCGGAUUUCUCCCAGAGACAACUGAUGAUAUGCUGCACUCUUAUGCCGUUCGCUUUGGUAAAAUUGAACGCUGCAAAGCAAUCGUCGAUCUAGACUCAGGUCUUUGCAAGGGCUUCGGAUUCGUCCAAUUCUUCAACUUCGAGUCAUGUGAGAACUGCAUUCGUGGAUUUUUCUACCUCGGUUACCAGGCCAGCUUCGCCCAGAAGUCUCGCAACUCUCGUCUCAAAGAUUUGGAAGACAGCUCGUCUACUAACAUCUACUGUACCAACAUUCCCAUUGACUGGACUGAGGCUGACUUGCGCCGCCACUUCGAGCCAUACCGUGUCGUGUCAGAGAAGAUCAGCCGCGAUGAGAAGACAGGCGUGAGCAAGGAGGUGGGCUUCGCUCGUUUUGAAAGCCGUGACAUCGCCGAGCGGGUACUGGACCAGUUCCAUAACAUCACCGUGAAGGACAACGGUGUGAAGUUGUUGUUGCGUUUCGCAGACACUAAGGCCCAAAAAAUGCUGAAGCAACAGAGUAACGAGCGCCGCGCCUACCGUACUGGUGAAUACAACUACUCGGUGGAGGUUGUGCAGGGGUCUACCCCAUCGCCCUCGGCGCCGCAUAACCAGCCGAAUAGCUCCCACUUUACGCCAAAUUCUCAGGGCAGCUUCACUUCUCCUGCUGGGCUUGGCUCAAACUGGACUCCGGCAUCUUCAAUCUCUCCCACGUAUGCCCUAAUGAAGAAUGCCUCCGGCAACAAGUCUCUGUCACCCAGCAGCAUGAGUGCCAUCGAAAAUACCCCUGUGUACCGUGGGCGCCAAUGCAAGGCUCGCCGUUCCAUGACUGACAUUUCUGGUGGCUCGUCCAAGACGGCUAUGCCGAGAUCUCCCUCCGGUGGGCCUCGUUCUUACCUGACCACCUCACGCAAGGGGAGCAUCAAGACCGCCUCGGUAUCUCCUAUGCGCUCGCGAAUGGAGUUCGAUUUACCUACUCCACGCUCGUGUACACGUUCUUGCACCUAA